GGAUACGGUACGGUACGGUACGGUCACGUUUGCGAUAGCAAUAUAUCUGCUUCGCAGAUACAAAAAUACUUGGUUAGCGUCACACUCUCACAAAUUUUCAGAGGCGGGCGGGCGGAUUUUUUUUAAAAUUUUUACUCGUUUUUUAAUUUUUUAAUAGUAUUUUUGGAGGGAAUGGGGGGCGUUUUUCCACCAUAUCGGUGAUAUUUUUUGUACUGAUGUUGCGAAGGCCGCCAUUUUGCUUUAAGAACCUUGUAUACCCAAGCCUACGCGCUCCUAUCGAUCAGUAUAUAGCGCGAAGGUCUGAGCAUGAGAAAAAGUUCAAAUAUUAAACUGUUUUAAGCUGUAAAACGAAGAGAUUUACAUAAAAAAAAAUUUAAAAAAAUUCAGAGGCGGCAGAAAAUCGAGAGGCGGGCGGUGACGCUAACCAAGUAUUUUUUUUUAUUUGGCCUAAUUUGCGAUUUUUAAGAAUUAUGUCUUCUUGUAAAGUCAUUUAUUUAAGGUAAGAUCAAAGCAUUAUCUGUGAUCCUUUUAGUUUACGAAGAAUUUUCAGAAGAUUUGACGAUUUGUUCUUCUAUUUAUGUGGGCUCGUGUUUGAUUUUAUAAACCUGACAGUGCAUAGUGGAAUCAUUGUGUUCAAGCUGUCGCUGAUCAAUAUAUUGAUCAGACACUUUGCGUGUUGGUCACGGUGGCCAAACAGGCAACUCAAAUAAAAUUUACAUCAAUUCUAAACAAACAAACGGAAACAAACAAGAGCCAUUCACAUUGUGUUCUAAACAAACGAGAGCCAUUGUGUUUAAAACAAACUAGAGCCAUUGUACGAAGGUAUCACCUGACUCAGAGUCUCAGAGCUACAGUAUAUAUAUAAAACUGCAAAUUUUACAGACCUCUAUUACUGCUGCUGAUAGAUAAGUUGCAGUGAUAUAUAUUGCAUUUGGUUAAAUGGGGGUAACAAUUGAGCAGUAUCGUGCCUGAAUUGGUGCACAUUUUAAUAGUUAUAGUGUGAGAAGCAGUGAUCUAUCAGGCAUCAGACGUCCUUUUCUCGAUAAUAUAAAUAUGUUGAUACGAGCACCUGUAUAUGUGGAUAUAGACUCAGAGUAACACCACAAAUAUCAUAUUCACCUGAGUACACUACACCAACACAGAAAAAAAUAUUUGGUUUGUCCACACGGUUUGAGUGUUUGAAAAUUGACAUUUGAAAUGAAUGAGAUAUUAACUUUAAAACAAUCAUUGCAUUCACUGUUUUACUUGGCCAAACAAUCUAUUAAAAUUACAUGUCGGUAGUUAAACCUACUUGUUAUUAGAAUGGGUAAUAACCCAUCAGCUGCCAAUCACCUAGCCAAAUACCGUAAACAUCUGACUAUAAGCCCUGGGAUUAUAUACUUUUGUAAGCAAUUUUUGACGGGUUUAUACAAGGGGGGGGGGGCUUAUAUACGGGGGCUAAUACAUGGAUGAUUCUUUGUGUUAGUAUUAAACAAGUCAGGCAUAAGCAAGUCAGUCAUAAACAGAAAAAUAAACAUGUAUUAAUAAGGUGCUUUGAUUAACACAGUUGGCUAUAAAGACAAUGACCAUGUUUUUAAAUAUCAUUCUCUGCCCUACAGUCAUUUUUUAGUUGAAAAGCCACCUUAAGUAGGGGACUACAUGCAGUUCCAUGAGUAUGAGUAUUUCCGCACACCGGAAGGCGCAUGCAUGCUGUGGUGCGUAUGUCAACUAAAAAAUGACUGUAGGGGGUCCCUUUAAAAGACAAUGUCAAUGUUGAAUAACGUAGUGGGCUACUGGGCUUAUAUUCGGGGCACUUAUAUUUGGUGGUCUUAUAUUCGGGGGGCUAUAUUCAGGGGGCGAGGCUUAUAUUCGGCGGGGGGCAUAUAGUCGAAGGUUUACCAUGACGACCCGCACGCCUAUAAAUUGAAUUAUCUUGAAGGUGUUAGUUACCACAGCAUUAUUAGUCGAGGUGGUAAGAGUGGUGAUAUGUAUAAUAAAUUUAUAGUGAAAUAAUUUAUGCGUGCAUGAAAUUUAACCCCAUAGAUAUGAUGUAGCAAAUAACUAACUGAGCUAACAUACAAACCAGGUUGUCAUCGCCAAUUCAUAAUAAUGUUAGCAGACAAUGCCGCGCAAAGUUCAAAUUGCGCCAAAUGGUUUGAAAAAGAGUGCAUUCUGCUUGACAAUCGUGUGUAUGGAUUCAGGAUGGAGAUCAAGAUCGAACAAACUGGCAAUAUUUUGAUGGCUGCUUAUUAAAGAAUAAAGAUUAAAGAUUAAUGCGAAGUAUUUUCAAUCAGUAAGGUUAGGUAAUAGUCAAAAGGCUAUAGCCUAUAGGUAUUGCAGCACGCAUCAGUUAUUAUUUCUUUAGUAUACAGUAUGCUAGAUACCACGGCUUUCAAGCAGGGCUAUCACAACCGCGAGUUGAUUGUACUACAUUCGUUAUUUAAUAUACUCAUUUCUAUAUAUAUUUUGAUACAAGGUAGCUCAAGACAAAUAAUAUUUAUUUACAUAUAUAUACCGGGUGGCGCAAAAAAAGUUCAGGCGUUUGAUCUACCAUAGCGAAAAAACUAUAAGAGCUAUACUUCGCUCAAAUAAAUGUAGCUGUAUUCAUAAAAGGCUAACUUAAAUUUUGAUAGGUUAUACAUGAGAUAUCACGAAAUAUUGACUGAGAUGAGCGUUCAAAUUAAACUUGCGUAUAAGCAUUUUCAAAAGAAUCGAAAAUUAGUCUAAAAUGGCCCAUUGAACUAAAUUUGAUAUCAUUCUCAUUAGACAUUACGCUGGGCAUCGCCAGAUUAUUUCCCGGGCGAGCUAGUGAUGAGUAAACGCGGAGAUGAGCCGUACCCCUGGCUUUCAGAUUUGACAAUAUCCCGCAAUAUUUUUGUGGCUAUACCUAUAGAGCAUAGUUGAAAUAUCAAAUUUGGAGUAUGCCACAUCGACAGCGCUAGGUUUUGGAAUAAUAUCUAGAAUACUUUUAGUGAAAACUCUUGUGUGUCAGAAAGAUGUCCCAUCUUUUGCUGACAGGUUAUGAAGAUGUCCCAUCUUUUCUUAACCAGUGGAAGCUUAAAAGGAGUCUUAUAUUAUUCUUUACAUCAGGCUAAGUUAGAGUAAGGCGAUGCAGCUUGCGCUAUAGGUUUUGGAAUAAUAUCUAGAAUACUUUUAGUGAAAACUCUUGUGUCAGAAAGAUGUCGCAUCUUUUGCUGACAGGUUAUGAAGAUGUCCCAUCUUUUCUUAACCAGCGGAAGCUUAAAAGGAGUCUAUAAUAUUAUUCUUUACACCACGCUAAGUUAGAGUAAAACGGCGCAUGCAGCGAUAGCGCUAGGUUUUGGAAUAAUAUCCAGAAUACUUUUAGUGAAAACUCUUGUGUCAGAAAGAUGUCGCAUCUUUUGCUGACAGGUUAUGAAGAUGUCCCAUCUUUUCUUAACCAGUGGAAGCUUAAAAGGAGUCUUAUAUUAUUCUUUACAUCAGGCUAAGUUAGAGUAAGGCGAUGCAGCUUGCGCUAUAGGUUUUGAAAUAAUAUCUAGAAUACUUUUAGUGAAAACUCUUGUGUCAGAAAGAUGUCGCAUCUUUUGCUGACAGGUUAUGAAGAUGUCCCAUCUUUUCUUAACCAGCGGGAGCUUAAAAGGAGUCUAUAAUAUUAUUCUUUGCACCACGCUAAGUUAGAGUAAAGCGGCGCAUGCAGCGAUAGCGCUAGGUUUUGGUAUAAUAUCCAGAAUACUUUUAGUGAAAACUCUUGUGUCAGAAAGAUGUCGCAUCUUUUGCUGACAGGUUAUGAAGAUGUCCCAUCUUUUCUUAACCAGUGGAAGCUUAAAAGGAGUCUUAUAUUAUUCUUUACAUCAGGCUAAGUUAGAGUAAGGCGAUGCAGCUUGCGCUAUAGGUUUUGGAAUAAUAUCUAGAAUACUUUUAGUGAAAACUCUUGUGUCAGAAAGUUGUCCCAUCUUUUGCUGACAGGUUAUGGAGAUGUCCCAUCUUUUCUUAACCAGUGGAAGCUUAAAAGGAGUUUAUAAUAUUAUUCUUUACACCACGCUAAGUUAGAGUAAAGCGGCGCAUGCAGCGAUAGCGCUAGGUUUUGGAAUAAUAUCCAGAAUACUUUUAGUGAAAACUCUUGUGUCAGAAAGAUGUCGCAUCUUUUGCUGACAGGUUCUGAAGAUGUCCCAUCUUUUCUUAACCAGUGGAAGCUUAAAAGGAGUCUUAUAUUAUUCUUUACAUCAGGCUAAGUUACAGUAAGGCGAUGACAGCUUGCGCUAUAGGUUUUGGAAUAAUAUCUAGAAUACUUUUAGUGAAAACUCUUGUGUCAGAAAGAUGUCGCAUCUUUUGCUGACAGGUUAUGAAGAUGUCCCAUCUUUUCUUAACCAGUGGAAGCUUAAAAGGAGUCUUAUAUUAUUCUUUACAUCACGCUAAGUUAGAGUAAAACGGUGCAUGGCUGCAUGCAGCGAUAGCGCUAGGUUUGGGAAUAAUAUCUAGAAUACUUUUAGUGGAAACUCUUGUGUCAGAAAGAUGUCCCAUCUUUUGCUGAUAGGUUAUGAAGAUGUCCCAUCUUUUCUUAACCAGUGGAAGCUUAAAAGGAGUCUUAUAUUAUUCUUUGCCUCACAACGCAGGCGCGGGCGUAGAUUCCGUAGAUUAGCUAUAAGACAAUGGUGUCAAUGCAGCUAUUGUUUUUGGAAUAAUAUAUACAUUUGAUAUAUACGUUGGUGUAAACGUUUGUACCAGAUUCAUGUGCGCACUAGGGCCUAUAGGGAAAGGCGGUAUAAUUAUAUAACUUUAUAAGUCAGUUUCUUUAUUAUUAUGCACUAGUCAAUCGAAAGCCCGGCCCCCCGACCCCCGGGACUAAGCGGGGAUUUUAACAUUUCACGGUUGUUAAAAUCCCGGCUAAAAAAUCUUGUUCAAUUGUUAAAAUCCCCGGGUUACUGGGCCUAAACAUUUGGGUGUUUUUUUUUCAAAUUUCCGCAGUUUGAUAAAAAACCUAACAUUAAUAUUUCCAUUAAAACUCCGCCAAAGUUAUAGAGAAUAAUACAUGGGUGCGCGGAAAUACCAGAUUUAUUUCGAGUGUUGAACAUGAUAUCUCACGAGUGAGGGCAGCGAACGAGUGAGAUAUCAUGUUCAACACGAGAAAUAAAUCUGGUAUUUCCAAGCACCCAUGUAUUUUUCUGUUUAUUAUAUAAACAAAAUUCAGUGAAAAACAAUAAAACGUCCGUGGCAAUGCGUUUUACAACAAAUGAUAUUUUCACACGUAAAAAUAUCGUAUUUUUACGUGUGUUUAAAUACGAUUUUUCUCAGUGGCCAAAAACUGUAUAUAACACUUAUGUUUAUAUAAUAAAAUACUUUACCUGGUUCGUUCUUUAAAAAUUUCGUAUGCAUAUUAUAAAAUUAAUACAGGAGAAUGGUUCAAAUGAAGCCAAUGGUUGUCAGAUGCUUUGCUCCUUUGUAAAAUAAUACCGUUUUUAAUUAUUAAAGUACGCAUAAGCCAGGUCAUAUAUACCGGUAUGUUAAUAGGGUAAAAUAUAAAUUCACGGUAUAAACCAGGUAAUACAUCACUCAAAUCAUGCAAACAACAAGAGUAGCGCUUAAUAUCUUAAUAUAAUAAUUUCCCAAAUAAAUAUAUACAAAGUACAAACAAAUCUAAGACUAGUGCACACGAUCACUUUCCCGAGCGCUUUUCAAUUGCGUUAAAAAUGGCGUUAAAUCCCCGGCUAUGAUGCCCCGGCUAUUUAAGUCAGUGUUAAAACCCCGGGUAGCAAACAAGCGACGUUUGUUAAAAGCCUGUAUUUCCCCCGCAAAGUCCCGUUAAAACCCGGUAUAUCCCCGGGGGUGGGGGGGCCGGGACUUCGAUUGACUAGUGCAUUAGCCAUAGAAAACUUACGCCUUUGAAGCCGGACUUUUAGUAUACUGCCAAGAUCUAAAACGGCAAAUAUGUUCCGCGGUCUUGACAUGGAAUUAUUGUGCUAUUCUCUAAGAUACCAAGAACGUUUUGUUUUACAACACACAAGUCUUAAUAUUAUUACAUAUUAUACGCAGCCUUAUUACACAUUGUACGCUAUAUAGUAUAGCCUGGCCCUAGGUGACUUGUCAACAGUCAGCAUUGUGACUUAUUUGUACACUUUUAUUUUAAUGCAUAACAGAAAAUUAACUUAUUACUUGCUUGGUUUCACACUGCGUCUAAGCAACUGAACCUGGAUUGAUGACAUCUUAUAGCCGUAAUUAAUAAUGCGAUUAGCGUUGCUCGCUUCCUGAAGUUGCAAACUCAGUUUGCAGAUCCCGCUGUUUUUCAAAACGUGCUGGUCGUCAUGGUAUAUAACUUUUUAUUGGUACAGUAUUGCAAGUUAUUUCAUUACAACUACUCAAAACCUCCUACAACCCAUCACUAUAUUAGUACUAUAUAUUCAAGACAAUUAACACAUUUGGUUGUGGAUUACCUGCAAUGCAUUGCAGCUGCCACAUGCUGCUGCCAUAUGAUUCGUCAUCAAAAUGCUGACGCCCAGGGCCGUGCCACCUUUGGGGGGGGGGGGUAACACCCCCAAAAAAGUAAAAAAAGGGGCCCAACUUGUGGGGAAGGGGGCCCUGGCAUGCUGGAAUUGCAAAAUUUUAAAAAAUGAAGGAUUUGUUCGCUAAAUUAUGGAAAUUUCAGGGAAAUGUUGUUUUGCGAAAGAUUUUGGGAACUUUUGUUUUUGAAAACAUAAUGUUGACCCCCCUCCCCCCCCCCGUCGCCAACAUUCUUCCUGGAAUGGAAGGGGGCCAAAUUUUGGAAUACGCACCCCCCCAAACCAGAAACCGGUUGGCACGGUCCUACCCAGUGCACAUGGAGGUCCACCAUUUUUAAUAUUAUCAGGGGGUGAAUGCUUCUCAGCGCACUGGCUAGCACCAUGGCGUCAUUUUGAUGACGAAUUACGGUCAUGUAACACUGACGUUGAGAUGCGAUUGGUAACCAGACCUCCAUGUCAAACAUAAGGUAAUCAAAGCACUAUUAAACUUUUUCGCAAGUUCACAACGCGAAUACACGUACGGCAGCAAUUUCACUAACUUUUUGUUAUACUAGUUUCACAAUUUUUCUUUAUCUUUUUCGUUCUUGAAAUAUUUUGGUUGCUUAUUAAAUAUGUAAAUGAAAGAAUCCAUGACGUCACAGCACAGCACAGAAUAAUGAUCCAUACAGAAGGGCCACUUACGUCGGAAGCUUUGAAGUUUCUGUCCUCGCGCAUGCCGCAUUACGCAUGUCGGCCGCCAUUUUCCUAGCCUGUCAAUGACAUUUUCUGGCCAAUAAACACGCUGUACUGGCUCAGCUGGCUCUUCCGCCUUCUGGCCAGUAAACUGCAUAUUUUUUGCAUAAAAAAACGAGGACGCGUUGCACCGCUGAGUGGCCCUUCUGUUACUGAUCUUUAUUCUGUGGUCACAGAAUGGUAAAAUAUUUUCAAACAUGGUAUUAAGGUAUUAAAAAGUCAUAAAGCUGACUGUUCAAAAUAAAUCAAAUAAUUUAAGUCUGUAUGCAUUCACUUCCAACCAAAGAAAGAUAAACGAAAUUUUGUAAGAGGACUUAUCCUACAGUUUAAGGAGUUCUUUCUGUCUGAACAUAUUUAAAUUUUGUUGAUACUUUUAAAAUUUAUGAUUCCCAAUUAAUAUUAAGAAUCCUUUUGAUAGACAGACUUGAUUACAAAUGUGUUAUAUAAGCCCUAGUAAUUCAUUAUUAAAACCUUCUGAUUGGCAUCCAGCCCAGUGCCUGGUUUCUGUCGAGUAAUCGCAGACAUUUUUUGCAAGCAGCUGGCAUGCCAAGGGCGCUAAUCCAACGGCUUCCCGAGUUUUCGCCGCUCAGUUGGUUGAACAUGUUUCGAAGCGAAUUUAAAAUCAAUUUUAUAUCAAAAGGACAAAGGUACGCAUUACUUUAAAAAUGGUUGUUUAUUACUAAUUCGCGUGUUGACUUUCAGGUUUCAUAAUUGUUCAAAAAAUAUAAACUAAUUUGCAUACGAAAUGUUUAUCAUUUAUAAAUCAAGACAAGUCUUAGGAUUAGACAUUUGGCGUAGGGUUCUGUGUAGAGGUCUACAGUGCUACACCGGAACUUUUUCCUGCUCUUUGUCAAGUUUGUUUCCUGUUUAAUUACCACAAAACAUUGGAUCACUCUGAACCAACUUUAAUUCUGGUCUAAUUUUACCACAGCGUGUCCCAUGCUAUUUUAGGUUCCACGUAUUACCGGGAAAGCAUGUUUCGAUCUUAGAACGCUGUAUCAUGCAUUUAUGCUAUUUGGUGGUCGUGGACUCGUGGUGGUCGACCAAUCAAUAAUGUGUUUUCUACAAUGACAUAUCAUAAAUAUAGUGAUAAAUUGACAGUUGAAAUACGAAAGGCUUAGCUAUAGGUCGUUUUAUUGCAUAUAAAAACGAAUUGUUAGUAUAGUACAAAGUAUAGUUUAUAUUGGUUCACAAAUUUUCCUAAAACCAAAAAUAUUGUGUGAGGUUGUGAAAUAUAAGUAGAUUGCGUGAGGAUAGUUAAAAAUUCCUAUAUCAUUGAGGAUAGCGACAUACAUUCCUGUAGAAUCUAAACCACGAGGACGUUCGUGUCAUAUUUCACUACACCAACCAAUCAACCAAUCUCAGUACGGUACCCUUAUUACCCUACUUACCAAAUUCAUGGAAGCUUAGGUGCAAGCUGUUGACCGAGGUGGCCUGGGAACUAGUGGUGGUGCUUGGAUUAAGGAAAGAUCCGUGCAAGUGGACAAUCUUGAACUGCCAACCAAAGGAGAUGCUGAAAUUUCAGUUAUAAUAACUUAAUUAAUUGAAAUAUGCAAAAAUCACGAAUGAAUAACAAAUGUAUUGAGAUUUAUAUUUGCAUUGAAUAGGCCAUUUUAUGCUACUUCAAAAACGCUUGUUCGAUUUAAAACAUUGACAUAAAAUAUAUCCAUUAAUACCCGCAUCGUGAACCAUCCUAACCUGUCAAAAAUGUUUUGGAGUUUUUUCUUGUAUAUUUAUCUUUUUCAACUCAAAUUUCCUCUUGUAUAAUUUCCUUUCUUUUCGUUUUGAAAUGGUUUUCACUUUUUAAAUUAACUGUUGUCUAUGGCGUUUCUGGGCCAUGGUGAAUUUGAGUUUUAUUUUUAUUUUGAUUUGCGAUUGAUUUUACUUCUGUUUUGAUUUCGUUUUAAAAUAGUUUUCACUUUUAAUAAUUAAAUAUUUUUUAAAAAAAUAAAUAAAGAAAAUACUAUGACGGAUCUGGGCCACCAUACCCGGGCAUGACUGCAGAUUUAGCGUGUGCCAAGAUUAUAAUGCUAUUGCUGCUCAAACGAGAUAUUCCGUACACUGGAAACGUAGAGUACAUUUUACUUUGUCUUUGACUGAAGAAAAAAAGUAAAAAGUUUAGUUAGUUAGUUAGUUAGUUAGUUAGUUAGUUAGUUAGUUAGUUAGUUAGUUAGUUAGUUAGUUAGUUAGUUAGUUAGUUAGUUAGUUAGUUAGUUAGUUAGUUAGUUAGUUAGUUAGUUAGUUAGUUAGUUAGUUAGUUAGUUAGUUAGUUAGUUAGUUAGUUAGUUAGUUAGUUAGUUAGUUAGUUAGUUAGUUAGUUAGUUAGUUAGUUAGUUAGUUAGUUAGUUAGUUAGUUAGUUAGUUAGUUAGUUAGUUAGUUAGUUAGUUAGUUAGUUAGUUAGUUAGUUAGUUAGAGUCUUUAUUUCAAGAGGGUAUUAUGUAAUAGUACAAAAGUACUAAUAAACUUGUAGCCCUCAAUUUCAAUAAUACAACAAUUUCUAAAAUACGAGUACACAAAUUAAACUAUCAAUACAGUAUAUAUCUAUAUUUACAAAUUUACUUUAAAAUUAUGGUUCGGUAUAUAUGAAUACAAUUACAAAUGGCUAAGAGAUUGUUGGUGUGCAUGUAAAAUUUCUACAUAUUUAUUCUUAAAAAUACGGACAUUCAAAUGCCGUCUUAAGUUUAGUGGUAGACUGUUCUAAAGUUUAAUUGUGGUUACACUAAAAGUUCUACCACCUUCAGUUUCCCUUUUAUACUUUGGACAGAUGAAGUUAACUUCGGCGUAUCUUGUAUUUCUGCAAUGUUGCUCACGAUUUAAUAUUAAUGUUUCACGUAAAAAGGAGCAGUCUCGCCAUUUAUGCUCUUAAAAGCAAAUACAGCUUUAUUUACUUUACUUUCUUCAUAAAAUGGGAGCCAUUUCAACCGGUUAAAGAGGUGGAUUGUCGAUGACAUGUAAGGAGCGUCUAAAAUAACUCUCGCAGCCCUCUUUUGCAACUUAAACACCAUAUCCAGGUAGUCUUUUCGAUAGUUUGUCCACACAGCACUCGAAUACAUUUAAUACAAUGACAUGAUUGUAAUAAAGAAGUCUUUGAUGCAUAGGCAAGCAGCCCUUUAUACGUUUCAAGGUUCCAAUACGUUUUGCUAGUUUUUUUACAAAUAGCAUGGAAAUGUUCAUUAAAAGUCAGUUCUUCGUAAAAAAACAGUUUCGCGCUUGAAACUUGUUCAUAUUGUAAGUUCAAUGCUUUUGUCUCCAUUUUUGCAGAUAGACGUUUUCCUGUAAUUAACAUAGCUUUUGUCUUUUUCUGAUUCAAAGUCAGUUUUCUGAUUCUGUUUACAAGAUAAGAAAGUGCCAAAACGACCAAACGUUUCAGACAUAGAAAACGAAUCUUUGCAUUGUUUCCACAAUUUGGAACGUUUUUGCUUCCUGACGUCGUUUUCAUGCGUUUUCGUGUAAACAGAAC